CAAACACACUUGGCCGCCGGGUCAGGAUUUCGCCCGCCCAUCUGAUACUGACGUGAUACAUAAGCAAGCUGGACAGUCAAACAUCUUGUCGCGCCCCAACAUUGCUGACCUCGGACCCUACGGAGACUGCCUUGGGUUUUGACCUUUUCCCCCCUUCUGCCAUUCCACUCCGCGCGAUGUCUUCUCCGCCAAGUAUGCUGUCCCGUAGCGUGUCCGGGAGGCACGAGGAGCUGUUCCGGGCUUUGAGAUCCUUCCAGGCCCUGGAGGUGUUGGCCCGGCGGGGCUGGCCCCGGUUCAUCCUGUCCGUCUUGCUGGGCAUGGCGGCCAUCAGACGGGCGAGCAGCCUGCUGAGCCUCGCCGCUCUCAACAACUUCACGCGAGACAAGUACGACUGGAGGCGGGAGCUGGUGGUCGUCACCGGCGGUUCCGGCGGCCUCGGGGAUGGACUUGUCCGGAAGCUGGCAAAGAACUGUGUCAAGGUAGUCAGUCUCGACAUCGUUCCGCCAAAGGACCCGCUGCCGUCCAACGCGUACUUUUACAAAACGGACAUCACAAGUUCCACGUCCGUCAAGGAAGCCGCAGACCAGAUUCGCCAGGAUCAUGGCGAGCCAACGGUGCUCGUCAACAACGCGGCAGUCAUGCCGAUAGCGUCCAUCCUCGACGAGACCGAGGAGCAGAUCCGUCGAGUGUUUGACGUCAACAUCGUGGCCAGCUUCCUGCUGAUCAAGGAGUUCAUCCCCUCCAUGAUCAGGAACAACCAUGGCCACGUCGUCAACAUUGCGAGCAUGGCAAGCUUCGUCACCGGCGCGAACAACGUGGACUACGCGUGUUCGAAGGCCGGCACCCUGGCCCUGCACGAGGGCUUGACGCAGGAGUUGCGCCAUCGCUACAAGGCGCCGAAAGUGCGCACGAGCAUUGUUCACCCAACCUACAUCAGAACAGCCCUGAUCGAGAAGGUUCACGCCGCGGGGCCCUUCAAGUCGGAACUACUGGAGCCCGAACCUGUCGUGGAUGCCAUUUUCAAACAGAUCAUGUCUGGGCGCAGCGGCCAUGUGUAUCUGCCGGAAAAGCAACGCAGAAUUGUCGGGGCGCGAGGUUGGCCCUUUUGGGCUCAGGAGGCGCUGAGAAACACACAGAAGGAUGUUCUUUUGCAUUAGUUGUGGUUUCGGUGUUUUUCCCUUUCCCAAGACGAAAAGGGCUUCAGGAAACUACGGAUAGAGGUGGAAACUCUACCUCGAGCGUGGCAUUGCCACAUCUUGCGGCGCGUCUGGGUGCAUGAACUUUA